AUGGCUCCCAUGGGCAUCCGCCUGUCUCCGCUCGGCGUGGCCGUCUUCGCGCUGCUCACCCUGGGCGUCCUCUACCACCUGUACUCGGGAUUCCUGGCGGGCCGCAUCGCCGGCUUCAGGGCGGCGCCCGGGACCGACAGGGUGGACCUGAGGGAGCUGCUGGCGCUGUCGGUGGAGGCGGCCGUGCGGGGAGGCGAGGAGGUGCGGCGGGUGAUGGAGGGCGGCGAGCUGCACGGCAAGAGCAAAGGCAAGACCCGGGAGGGGGCCGACGAGAUGCUGACCAGCGGAGACUUGAUGUCACAUCAGAAGAUGUACCAUCUGAUCCGGAAUGCCUUCCCGAACAUACAGGUGUUUUCUGAAGAACAAGAUGUGGGCUUUGUCAAGGAGGAUGCCAUAUGGGAUCGUGUCAUUCCAAAGGAGAUCCUGGAGAAAACUCCCACAUCAGAAGAAGUUUCCUCUGACAGCAUCACAGUCUGGAUUGAUCCACUUGAUGCUACCCAGGAAUACACAGAAAAGCUUCUAUAUUACGUCACAACUAUGGUGUGUGUUGCUGUGAAUGGAAAACCAGUGAUUGGAGUAAUUCAUAAACCAUUUGCUGACUUUACAGCAUGGGCAAUGGUCCAUGGAGGAUCAAAUGUGAGUGUCCGCAAAUCCUACAAUAAGAAGAACCCCAAAGUUAUAAUCUCUCGGUCACAUACAGGUACAGGGAAAGCAUUUGCCCAGAAGGUGUUUGGGAAUGACAGUGACAUCAUUGAAGCUGGAGGAGCAGGAUAUAAAGUUCUGUCUCUGCUGGAUAUACCUGAUGAUAAACAGCCUGACCAUGCUGAUGUAUAUCUGCAUGUAACUGAUAUCAAGAAAUGGGAUAUCUGUGCUGGCAAUGCACUCUUGGAAGCACUUGGUGGCCAAAUAACUACUCUCAAAGGAAACACUAUUAAUUAUUCCAAUACAGAGUUGAGUGAAGAUGGACUUCUUGCUAGCAUUGGCAUGCCUCACAAAGAAUUGCUUGAUAAAUUACCAGAUUUGAAAUCCAUGAAAACACGAUAAAGGGAUCUUAACUAAUGCUUCAACAUAAAAGCAAAUAACUGUGUGUUCAUAAUUGGUACGGAUUAACCAUUAGCCUGUAUUCCUCUUGGAAAAUUAAUAAUGCUGAAUUUUGGGUGUGAGGAUAAAAGGCUCCAGUGCUGGGUAUAGAUAACUUUGUUUGCCAAGAAAAUCAAGGAUGAGAAGCUUUUCUUGUCACCAAGUGCAGGAACUUUGAUGAUGCUCGCUAACAGUGGGAUUUUCCAUUGUUGCAAUGAGGAAUAUUAGACCUAACAACCAACACUAACCUUACAAUGUUUGGAAUACAGUGUAGUUUGUUUUUGUGCAGACUUUAGUUUUACCUUGCGGAUCAUUGUGAAUGGUUUUCAUAAAAAGCGUAACUUAAUUAUAUACUGUAAGUUGAGUUUCCAGUCUGUUCCCUUGUUAAGCUGAGGUACUGUUUCUUAAGACCUAGAAUUUUUGUUUCUUUGAACUCUAUGUGUAGCAUUCACUGUACUGUUUAAAAAAUACUGGAAUUUUUUUAAUAAUGUUUUCUUUGCAAGAAUAGCAAUUAAAAGUAACCACCAGGAGGGAUUACUUCCUUCUUUUGCGGAACCCCACAGUGGUUACCCAUAACUUGGUGUGAAUAAAUAAAGACUCACUAAAUCAGUCAUCUUUGAACUUUUCCUGUAACAUUUUAUCUAGUGUUUUUUCUCUUACAUUUUGUGUUAAAUUGUGAAAAAAACUGUUGAAUGAACUUACUGUGAUAUUUUACUAUGGUGUAUUGUUAAACAGCAAAGUUUGUUUAGAAAACUGUUGCAUAUUUAGCAUGUUCUCAUUGGGCAAUAAUAAAUGAUAAGACUUGCAUAUAUCUGAAAGGGGUGGGUGGGGGGGUGUUGAAGGAAUUUACUAUACCACGGAUUCGGAAGGAUGUGGGUAGAAGCCACACAUCAAGACUUUAAUCUUAUAAAACUGAUACUCAAUGGCAUUGUUCAAAAGGAGAAAGGAGUUUCUGGACUGGGCAAUGAUCCCCCCAAAUAAAAUUAAUGAUUCACUUCACGGCUGUUUGUGGGACAUUGCUGUGCGCAAAAUGGCCGCUGGGCCCACCUAAAAAAUACACAGUCACUACACUUGACAGAAAAUACUUGUGAAACCCCUUGAGAUGUUUCAUGGUGAAAAGGCGCUAGGUCAAAUGCAAGUUAUUUUUAUUAUUGUUUCAGUACAAGACAACUGAAUACUGUACCUGAUGAUGAUGCAUAUGUCUUGCUCAUUUUACGAUCAGGAGCACGAGACGUUUUUAUCUGAAAAUAUAUUACUGUUGGUGAAUGCGAAAAGUGUUAAAAGCAAAAUGCAAGAACUAAUGCAAGAAAAGUUGCAGUGUGUGAUCCAGAUCAACGCAACAUGUUUUAUUUGUACAGAAACUAAAACUUUCUAUUCUUACACACUACGUACGUGUUCACAUCUGAAUACGAGUGUUUUCAGCUAUAAAGAUGCAGAAUUAUCUGUCAAUCUAAUUUUUCUGUAUAAACAUGCUUAUACUACAGUAUUAGUAAUAAUUUUAUUUUGUGUGUUAAUGCUGUAAUAUAUGAAGGUCAGGUGGGUGGAAUAUUAUUUUUGUAAAGGCUAGCAUAUAAUUCUUUUCAUUAAUCCUAGUUUCUAAAUUAUAUUGGAGGCAUUUUAAGACUGCACGUCAGCAUAGUAGCAAAGUACAAUUAGUGCUUCCAUUUACAGCCUCUUAGAUAUGGCUCAUUUUAUGGUCAGUGGAGUGGCAUAAUUUUCUUAACUAUUAAGCAACACAUUUUUAGUCCUGUACAUGGUCUGAAAUAAUACUAAGCUUCUCAUUCAGUUUAUAAAAUUCAUUGGUUUCUGAAUACUUUAGCUUUUUGUUUUGGGUUUAUUGUAUAUCAUUGAUAAAGCUAUCAUUGCUAAAGGUAAUCUCUUUGAUCAUAAUGACUAUUGGUUUAAAAUCUGAAUACAGGGUAAUGAACCUGAAAUAAGCCAGUGCUGCAUUUAUUGACACAUGAGAAUUUAUUGACACAUGAGAAGGGCAUGAGAAUUUGCUAGGCGACAAAAAGACCAAGGUCCAUCUCGUUCGCCUUCCACC